AUGUCCGGGACGACGCCGGUUUGUCCUGCUGCGCCGUCGAGCGCGGAACAUGUGGAACGAGACCAGGCUCUUGAGCCUCCAAUAGAAGACCCAGAGCGCACCAGAAGAGUUCAGGAGUCGCGGAAGAAAAAUGAUAAGUUCUGGAGAGACAUGUUCGUCGAGACAGGCGUCCGCAGACAUCGUGGCAACGUUGAAGACAGUGUCUGGAAGCAGAGGCUUACAAUCGCCGCUGUGGUGUUUGUCAUGAUCGCAGGCAUCUCGCAGGCGGUUUACCGGGCAUACCUUGAUUUGAACUUUGGAUUCCUUAACAUCGACGUGACUGACAUCGAUCGUGUGAAAGAAGUCAUGUUCGGCGGCAGCCCAUGGAUCGUUCUCUGUCGGUGGCCAGAGAACAAGAAAUGGAAGAUGCCUGAGAUUCUCCAUUCGCAUCGCCAAGAACUCAUGAAAUUCGGGAAUCUAGGAAGCAUCGACUGCUCAGCUGAGCUUCCCAGCGGUCAGAAGUUUUCUGAACGCUUUCGCAUACCGUCUAGCACGGAGGCCAUGGUGAUCACCAACGGGAAAGCCCCGAGAAUCCUGAACGUCUGGGCGCUGAAGAGCUGGGAGAAUUUGUCUUCGUUCCUGCAGAAGAACACCAAAGUCGAAGUGCGGACGAUCGAGGAAAACAUCUCCUUCACGAAGCACUGCCUCUUUCCGCCGGGCGGCCGCUGUCUGGCAUUCGCGCGGAAGGGAGGUUUCUCUCCAGAGACGAAGAACAAAGCCAUUGCUGGCCCUCUUAGCAAGAAAGGGAAGACCCGGAAGCUCAAGGUCAUUACCCUCGACACGGGAAAAUACCAGGUGACUGGCAUGGACAUCGGACUCAACGCGUUCUAUGUGACAAGAGUCGUUUGCAUCGGCAACAUAUCUCCGCCUCCUUCUCUUGAGGCGAGCAAGAAGAAGGAUGUCUCGAAGGACAAGUUCAUUUACGCCGUUUACGAAGGCGAAUUUACAAACACGCGGGCUUUAUCGGAGUUUGCAGAAGUGUGCAUGUCUGCAAAGGAAGGUGACCAGGGCUUCCAUCGGCUGGACAAACCGCCUGCGCUUCGAAGGCGUCCCUCGUCGGACGCGGAUGCGGCGGCAGGGAAGAAAAAGAAGCGAGUUUCCCAGUGA